AUGGAUUCUGUUAAAGUGUCACACAGAAGAAAGCCGGGGAUUCCUGUAAUCAGAGCAAAGGCAUCAGAAGAGAUCCAGCACAUUCAAGAAGUAAACUUUUAUUAUUAUUAUUAUUAUUAUUAUUAUUAUUAUUAUUAUUAUUAUUAUUAUUACUAUUAUUAUAUUUUUUAAGCUUAUUAUUAUUUUAUUUUACUUUAUUUUAUUUUUUAAAAAACUUUUAUUAUUGUUAUUAUUAACGUUUAUUAUGAUUAUUAUUAUUUUUAUUAUUAUUAUUAUUUAACUUUUAUUAUUAUUAUAUAUUUUUAAACAAUUUUAUAAUUUUUUUGUUUUUAUUAUUAUCAUUAUUAUCAUUAUAAUAAUUGUCAUUACAUUAUUAAUUUUAUUAUUACUAUUAUUAUUAUUAUUAAAUUUUUUAACUUUUUUUGACUCUGUUACUUAGUUACUUAGGAUAAAUUUAUAGAAUAUUUUUUCAGCAUCUUUUGUCAGUGUUGCUCUUUGCAGAUGAUCCUUACUCACUAAAAGACUGAACCAAAUACAGACUGAAAUGAUUAUAGAAUGAGUAAAAAUGGCGUAAAGAAGGAGGAUUUCAGAGCGUCCUGGCUGCUCAUAAGACUAAGAUAUUAACUCUGCUGAAGACUCUGUCAUGAAACAGUAAAGACACUCGAACCUUCACCGUCAUUUUUCAACAGGUCAGCUCUAAAAGUCUUGAAGUCUGUAAGGUGAUUCAUCUUCUUGAAGAUCCGCUGACUGUGAGUUGAAUCUGAAGUCAACAGUUCAGUUUCCUUCAGUCUUGUUAAAUUUAUAAACUCUGUACUUUUUGUGUUUUUUUGUGUUAUCCAAGGCGAACUUGAAGGAGAGACACCUCUUUGUGCUGAAGAAACUCCUGAAGAGAAGCCAAAUUGGUUUUGUAUCCUCUGAUGUUAACCUCUGAUGAAGCAGAAUCUUUCUCUUUUUUCCUAAAUCAACUCUCUCAGGUGUCACACACUGCAGCAUAUUGUCAAGUUUUCCUCAUUACCGUCCCUGAUACAGCAGUGGAAAUAGAUUUGCACUCACGCAACCUGCACGCAGAGACAAACCUCGGUCUCAAGGCUCUAAUUUUCCGCUGCAUCGCCGUGUCUGUCAGCAUUUUCCCUGUUCUGAAAUAGCCUCAGUUAUCAUGAUGAGUCAGUACCCAAUCACCUCAGCCCCCCUCACAGGCAAUUAUCUCUGUGAAAACAAACCCCGGCAUGUUCAGGCUUCUUAAUCUGUUUCAAGCUUUUGAAGGAUCUGACAGGUGUCACCAAGAUACUCAACGUCUGUGCUGACAAAGCCAAAGAUCACCCGGAGUAUGUGCCUAUUUUGUGUGAGGCGCUCCGAGUUUGUAGGUGAGAAACCAAAAGAGGGAACAUCAUGUCUACAAACACGAAUAUUGACUGAAUAUUUACAUCGUCUGUGUUUGGUCUCAGUCUGCCCUUCCUGAAGGAGAAAUCAUCUGAUGAGCUGAACUACGCCCAGGACGUCAUAGAGUUCCUCUCUCACAUGGGUACGAAGAAAAGUUAUUUAAGAAGAGUUUGGCACCUCACAGAGGCAUCAUUACUAAAAUAACACAUUUAAGUAGAAUUUUACACUUCUCAAAAGCAUAAAAUGAGUUUAAGGUCAAUUUUAGAGCUAAAGAGAGAAACUGGAUUUUAGUCAGUCAAGAUUUGUACAUUUCUUUGGACUCAUAGUGAACUGAUAACUGAACAAAAGUAAUAAACUAGAAAAAUGUAAAUAUAAAAACCUUUAAAGAAGGAGAAGCAGAAAUUGGUUGAAUGUGAAAAUCAUUAAAUGAUAAAUAAUAUGAAUGUGCUUCAUAAAUUAAAAUUCCAUUCAAGCUGAAAGAGGUGGAAAAAAUGUAUGAAAGUGCAGAAAAUUUGUAUGAAGAAAAAAAUUACCUUAAAACACAAACAAGUGAGAAGUGGCAUAAGUUUAGGUUGUAGUACAAGUAUUAGUAGGAUAAUAAAUAGUGGUAGUAGUGAUAUUAGUAGUCAUUAAUAGAAGUAGUUUUAGAGUAGAAAACGCAAAAGUCAAAGUAGUUGAGCUAGUGGUAGAAGUAGUAGCAGUAAAGAAGUAUUUACAGUAGCAAUAGUAGUUGAAGUAGAAGUGAAGGUACUAGUUAAAGUGAUACUAGUCGUAGUUUUUGUAGUAGAAGUGGGAUUUUGUUUGAAGGAUUUAAUAAUGCAUGAAUAUUGAAAAUGAUUUAAAACUGGGAAAAUUUAAAUAAUCAAAAAUCCGAAAGUAUUAGAAAGGUUUGAAUCAGUUUGAAUGAGUUUAAAUUAGUUUGAAGGAUGGAUCCCUGGUGAGGACUGUCUGUGCAGAGUUUGACUGUUUUCCUGAUGCAUGUGUGGGUUCAGUCGAUGAUGAUGAUGAGUGACUCUGAACGAUGUGUUUCUGUCGGCAGGGUGUCUGAUGAGGGUGUCAGACGCUGAAGUGAGACUGCAGAUAGUUGAAAGUGUCAAAUCGUUCUUCAGCUGUGUGACCCCCAAAAAGCUGCUCGAUGGUACGGCCCGGCACACCAAGACAAAGCCUCGGACUUUCUCCUCUGACAACCGAUUUUCUAGACUUUCACUAAGUGAGGCGCUCUCGUGGCUUCAGUGGGUGGCAUGCUCGUGCUUAGCUCCUUUUUCUUUCUUUCUAACUGUGUGUGUGGUGUGUCCAUUUUUCAAUAGUUGAGAAUUUCAUCUCAAAGAUCAUCUGUUUUUGUUGUCUCUUUGUUUCCUCUUUCACGCCAAGAAACACAUUUUUCUCCCCCGCCAUAUUUCUGCAGGGCUUCAGCCGACCUCUCCAGGCUACAGGCUGCAGCUCCUGGAGCGCAGUGACCUGGCUCAGACCAUGCUCCUCUCCAUGGCCGCCGUGGAGAACCAGCCCUCCGUCAAGCUGCAGCUCCUGCAGACCCUCCAGAUCCUCUCCAGCUCCUCUGGUCAGCAGCUAUGACUUAAUUUGACAGGUGGAGCUGUCUGACAUGUCAAUCCACCUGAUGACCUCCUUCAUUACAUCAAGUAGCCUGUCCUCAAGAGUUAAAACAGCUCAUUAUACCAACAAACAAUCAGACAAUCACUCAAAACAGUGAUUUUAAGUGUCCUUGAGUCAAUGUCAGCAGGUCAGCGAGUCGUUUAAACACUAAUCACAUCAUCUAAAUCAGUUUUUUCAUGUUUGUUUAUCCGCAGACAUGAACUGUGAGUCCAUGAUAAAAGCACGAGGAGCCCAGAUGAUUUGUCUCCACAUGAACGAAGCCGACCCCUCAGGUCAGGUUUUGUUCUACUCGUCAGAAAUCCUCUGGAACCUUCUGGAAAAAGGAAACAAGGAGGAGGUCACCGAGCAGCUCGGCAGCCUGGAGUGUGUCCUGUAUGUUUACAUGAGGGUUCGAGACCUUUAAACCUGUGGCAAGACUUUGAUAUAACUCUGUGUGUGUGUGUGUGUGUGUGUGUGUGUGUGUGUGUGCGCGUGUGUGUGUGUCUUAGAUCCCUGAAAGAAGCGUUUCUCUACCAGCUCACGAUCAGUUCCCGACCCGCUGACCUCCAACUCAGAAAUGACCUCCUGGUGAUCACGUCUCUCCUCGCUGAGAAUCCCAACUCUCUGCUCAUAGUGAGUACAGAGACGGUGUAGAUAGAUCCGCAGUGAAGCACUCGAUUAUAACAUGAAGUCGAGUUGAAAAUGUUUCUGAACUUUCAGGAAAGUUUGUUGGCCAAACAGCUGGUUGUUCUCGCCACGUUUCCAGAGCGUAAGACGUUUUUUUUUUCUGAUUAUUCUUGACUAGAUUUUAACGCAGUUGAACAUUUUCAGAUAACAUCUAUGUGCUGUUAAUCUAUUUCAGUGAAAAAUCAACACCCUCUUUUGCGCAGUCUGAGGCUCAGCUUCAGUAACGAAGACUUGAAGAUGAAGAAGUUGCUGCUGAACUUGUUGGUGUUGAUGUCGAAGGACCUCGCCGCUCUGCAGGUCAGUCAGGUCUUCAGCUCCCAUAACUGUGAUCGUCUGAACUUCAACUCUCAUAAUUCUCCUAAAAUCAGACUCCACUGUCCUCUCCUAGCUGUACAAAGAAGCACAAGUCAUGUUGUCCCUCCUGACGCUCAUAAAGCCCCCCUCGGCGUCCUCCGAGCGGCGGUCAGCUUCACGCCAUUGGUCAUCCGUCCAGCAGGAGGAGCUCACGCUGCAGGCGCUCGCCACACUGGCCACCAUCGCCCCGCUCAUGUUGGAUGAUUUUAUGUCCUGUCAUGGAAACCAGUAUCUGGUGGUGCUCCUGAACUGGUGCGUCACACAAGGUGAGGAUGUCUCUGUCAUGUCACACUUCUCCUUCUUCUCCUGCUGAGAACAUGAAAACACUUUCAUUCGUCGUCUUUCCUCCUUCGCUCCAGAUUCUUACUUCGGUCAGGGCCACAGUUUCCACGGCACAGGAGGGAGAGGCAGUACGAAGGCUCAGAUGCGGUAUUGUAUCAGACUGCUCAGAUCUUUGACGUCUUUAGGCGAGGAACAAGUCCACCAGGACCUCUGUGAUCAAGGACUCUUCAACCAGCUCCUGGGUAAAUAAAACAAACUCACGACCAAAUUACUCUGGAGAAAUAAAUGCCGCACUUACAGAUGUGUGUGUUUUUUUUUUAGGGAUUUUGAUGCAGAUAGAAGCGAGUCCUGAUGAGGAGGAUUUCAUCGCCGUGGAAAUGAAGUCAGAUAUUCAGCUCAUCCUGUCGGCGCUGUGUGAGAGCAGCACCUACAGAAAGGUGGAGGAGCAGUUGUUGUUUGAUGAACCUGAUAUUUUGAGCCACAUUUCUGACGUCUCUUUGGUUUAAUUUAAACCACAGGAGAUGUUUGGAUCAGAGGGAGUGGAGAUGACGCUUCACUUCCUGAAGAAAGGCUCUGACAAGUUCUACAGCGGUCUGGGACACAACAGACUCAUCCUGUCUACAGUGGACUGUGUGUGGUCAGUUCAGCUGAAACCUCAGAACACUUAAAGGGAUAUUCCGGAGUAAAAUUAGUUUAGGGUCAAAAACACUGUAACACCGAGUUAGACACCCCCUCGAGAAAUGAAUGUUGCCGACCGCUUGCUUCUCUAGUUAUACCAACUUUAAUAACGACCGCAGGAUAGCAAUACAGAGAGCCACGCGCUUAACCAAAACGCCACUCUAUAGCCACAAAUAAUGCUCAGAACAGCACCUAACUUCAUCAACAGGACAUAUAGGGUCACAGACAUAGUACUAGACACCAAACAUCUUUUUAACUUUGACUCAUUUCUUUAGCAAAGAGACUAAACACAACUCACCUACUCUCUUCCAAUUCCAUUACAGACUACAGCGGGGUGACGCAGCUCAAGGAAGAACAUUUAUGAUCAUUUCUUCAUGGAAAUACAAUCACACCGAGACGCUAAGUCAGAAGAACGACCGCGUCUGCAGAGAAAAAUGAUUAAUAUGAUGAUUAUUACUUCAAGGAAACGAUAAAGAAAUUAUCAUAAAUGUUCUUCCUUGAGCUGCGUCACCCCGCCAUAGUCUGUAAUGGACUGUCCUGAGGUCUCUCUGCUGGAAGAGAGUAGGUGAGUUGUGUUUAGUCUCUUAAGUUAAAAAGAUGUUUGGUGUCUAGUACUAUGGCUAAUGUUACUUUACUAAUAUCCCUUUAAUACUUUAAUUCUGACAUUUAAAAUGUUUUUUCUUUGCACCAUAUUGAAUUAAAAAUAGAUGUAUAGAUAUAGAUGUAUAAAGUAUAGAAGUGUUUUUCUCUUUCAGGUCCUGUAUCGUUGGCUGUUACACCACAGAGGACUACUUCCUGGCUAAAGGGGGGGUGUUUCUCCUCCUAGACUUACUCAGUGUAAGAAGAAGUUCAGUCAUUUCUAAAGUGUCUCAAUAAAAAGACUAAAUCUGAUCUGAUCUCACUCUCCUAAAGUCUUGCCCAAGAUGCGUUCACUGCAACAUCCUGGCCACCCUGCUGGAGCUUUCCGACAACCCCAACACCCUGUCUCACAUCCUGAGCUGGAGGGACGGAGGCGGGGGGACGGCUCCGGGACUCCUGCUGCAGCUGUGGAGGGAGGAGGAGGAGGAGUUCAAAGUCAGCAGAGACAGACAUGGAGGGAUAGAAGGUCAGUGAGACUGUCAACAGAUAUGAGUCCAGGACCAGGAUGAGGCUUAAAACCCUGAAAACAUGCAAAAUGAAAUCUGUUUAUGUUGCUGUGUCUGGACUGAGACGUUUGUAGGAGGUCAUCAGCUGAUUUAGGACAACCCUGAGCGUGAUGGAGCUGCACAAGAUCUCUCAGAUCUGCACACUUUCUCUUGUUUUAGAUCCCCAGAAGCCCAUCCUCACGUCCUUCCAGCAGGAGGACACGCAGCAGUCGUUUCCUGAUAAUGUCCCGAGUGCAGCGGUGCUGGAGUUAUCAGAGAGCCUGCGGUCAAAGAUCUACUCCAUCUUCUGCAAACUUGGUAAAACAAAACAAAAAAAGCACCUUCUGGAGAAAAGAUCCAGUUAAAACCGUGUUUGUAGUAAAAAUCUGUGACAUUUCCAGGAUUCCAGGACCUUCCUGGAUUGUCGACACAACAUUAUAUAACAUUAAGCAUCGUCAGAAGAUACCUGGACUUCAAGGUAGAUUUUUUUGACCCUCCUGGUUCCACAUCUAGAUCUAAGUCUUAUUUCAAAAGAGGAAGUCAGGUGAUGCACACUGAGGUCUUUGUCACGCUGCUGCAGGUCGGCGAGAUUUGUGAUGAGAUCAGCAGAGAGCUGAGUUUGGACGGCGUGAGACCGGUCACCCCCGAUGAAGAGGCUCUGAGCAGGAUCUGUAAGAUCUCAGUGGACACGGCGAGGAGGGUCAAAGCAGAACAGAAGAACAUCCUGGAGCAGCAGGAGAAGGAGGAGAUCAGCGAGGAGGAGCUCAUGUACACAGAGGUGCUGAGGGUCUCACACGGGGUCAAAGACACGAUUAAAGAGCUUAGACAGAGUUCAUCAUCAUCAUCAUCUCCGUUUCUCUCAGAUCAAGUCUCACUGGAGGCAGCGAGAGCUCACGGCCAAAUCCUGGGACAGUUACGUUUCCAAGACUUCAAACUACGAGAUCCUGAAGGUUUUUAUCCUUUUAGUUUAAAUAGAGAUAAAUCAGUAUGAUGGAGAAUUUUAAACAAAACUUUUUUUUCUGUCUUUAUUCACAGGAGGUCAAAGUUCAGAGGGAGAAACAGGCUGAAUCCUCCAGACCAAAGUCAAAGCCUGAGGACGGAUCAGGACGUCUCACUGAGGUCUGAUAACAAACCUCUUAAUUUCACUGAACAGGAUAAUAAGAUCAAUCAGGAUAGUAUUGGAAAUAUUACUUAUUAAUAAAGUUUUGUGCCUGUAAUUCAUCAGAUUUGAUUUGCAGAGGCAGCUCAUUUGAUCAAAGUCCCGGUAUGUGGAGAGAGGUGUUUGGACUUUACUGCCCCCUACUGGCAGACAGGAGGAACAUCAACAGUUACCUCCUGAGGACCUCGCCCUCUUCUUCUUCUUCUUUGAAUAACAGAUAAAAUAUUUAAACAGUAAAAACAGAGAUGACAGGAUGACGCAGAUACAACAGGAGCAUCUCUAGACUAGAUGUUUUAUAAUCUUCUUCUUCUUCUUCCUAUUAUUAUUAUUAUUAUUAUCAUUAUUAUUAUUAUUAUUAUAAAUAUCUUAUUGGAAUUUCCCGCUGUGGGAUUAUUAAAGGAAUAUCUGAUCUCUUAUUACUACAACAGAAAUCUGCUCCAACCCUAACCCUGGAUCCAAACAAAUUCAUCAUAUGAUCCUUAUCCUAGAGUAAAUUAAAGUCCUCCUCAGGUAACCAUGGAGAUCCUCUCUCUCCUAACACUCUUGUUCUUGUUUCCUUUUGUGUUUCAGCAUUUCAUCGGCAGAGUCAUGUCUGUAGAGACCACAGACGCUCCCGGACCAGCUGGGGUCAAAGUGACGCUGGCCAGAACUGCUAUCAAAUCUGCAGGUCAGGACCAAACCAGACCAUCAGGACGGGACCCCGAAUACUUCAGUACGGUCUCUGUAACAGACUGA